AUGUCCGCAAAAGAUGAUGAGUCUAUUGAAGUUCAACCUCUACGUAAGAUUGGCUUAAAGGAAAAACUCCAAGCUGAUCCAGGAUUUCCAGUUACAGUUAUAUCAACAGUAGUUAGCUUUACCCUAUCAAAUUUAUUUUUCUACGGUAUUACAGGAAAUCUACGUGUUGGCAUGCUUGCUGGUUUGAUAUCAAUUCCAUUAUGUCUUAUAACAAAUGUUCUGGAUACAGAAAAGGAUUAUGAAAUAUGGAAGGAAACGGAGGGAAUGAGAGCACGUGGUUUACCAGAAAUAUUAUUUCCAAAAAAGCCGAAAUACGACUGGAGUUAUUAUGAACCAUUGCGAAAAGAAAUCGAACGAUAUUAUAAUAAUGAUGUGGAAAACAAGCAAUAA